GCCUAGUUAAGACUUAAGAGACCCUACUAGUGAAAGGCUGGAAGCGACAGAGUGAGAGAGCAAUCCACCUCUAUAUAAAACCCCUCUCUUCUCAUAUAGCGAGGGCACAAACGAAGGGGAAAACAGAAAGAGAGGAAAAAAAAUAAAAAAGCAGCAUAGACCCACCCAACCCUUAUUUUCUCUUUGCUUUCGCCUUUCGCUUCUUCUUAUUCUUCUCCUCCUUCUUCUUCCUCGGAUGUAUAUGCAUCCAUCGCUCUUCUCUCUCCAUACCCAGUCUCUGAAAGUAGAUUGAGGUGAGAUGGCAACCCUAAGAUCGAGCUUGCCGUCGCGGCUGCGGCAACUUUUGUCGGGCGAAGCCGCCAUGGGUCCGGCUCUCAGACUCGGCGACUCUGAGCCGCCUCCUAAAAUUAAAGCAUUCAUUGAUAAGGUGAUUCAGAGUCCAUUACAAGAUAUAGCGAUACCUCUUUCUGGAUUCCAUUGGGAGUACAGUAAGGGGAAUUUUCAUCAUUGGAGGCCACUGUUUCUGCAUUUUGAUACAUACUUCAAGACAUACUUGUCUUGUAGGAAUGACCUCCUUUUGUCAGAUAAUACUUUAGAAGAUGAUAGUCCUUUUCCGAAGCAUGCAGUUCUACAAAUUUUACGAGUGAUGCAAAUAAUUUUAGAGAAUUGCCAUAACAAGAGUUCAUUUGGUGGCUUAGAGCAUUUCAAGCUCCUGCUUACAUCAACAGAUCCUGAAAUUCUUAUAGCCACAUUGGAGACUCUUUCUGCAUUAGUUAAAAUAAAUCCCUCCAAGCUACAUGGGAGUGGGAAGCUUAUUGGAUGUGGAUCUGUGAAUGGCUGUCUACUGUCUCUAGCACAGGGAUGGGGGAGCAAGGAGGAAGGCCUGGGUUUAUAUUCAUGUGUUAUGGCAAAUGAGAGAACCCAAGAGGAAGGGCUUAGUUUGUUUCCAUCAGACAUGGAAAAUGAUCGUGACAAAUCCCAGUACCGAUUAGGUUCUACUCUGUAUUUUGAAUUGCAUGGUGUCAAUUCCGAAAGCACUGAGGAGACCAGUAGUGCAAAAUCUUCUAACUUGAGUGUUAUCCACAUCACAGAUCUGCAUUUGCGGAAAGAAGAUGAUCUAUUACUGAUGAAACAAUAUAUUGAGCAGUACAAUGUUCCUCCUGAGCUUCGGUUUUCAUUGUUGACCAGGAUCAGAUAUGCUCGUGCCUUCCGUUCUCCCAGAAUUUGCAGACUGUACAGCAGGAUCUGCCUUCUUGCAUUCAUUGUUCUUGUUCAAUCUAAUGAUGCCCAUGAUGAGCUGGUAUCCUUUUUUGCCAAUGAGCCAGAAUAUACCAAUGAAUUAAUUAGGAUUGUGAGGUCUGAAGAAACUGUCCCUGGAACUAUUAGAACCCUUGCAAUGCUUGCCUUAGGUGCUCAAUUAGCUGCAUAUUCAGCAUCUCAUGAGCGUGCUCGGAUUUUGAGUGGAUCUAGCAUCAAUUUUGCUGGAGGUAACCGCAUGAUUCUCCUCAAUGUGCUCCAGAGGGCGGUUUUGUCACUGAAUAACUCCAAUGACCCAUCAUCUCUUGCCUUUGUUGAAGCACUUCUGCAGUUCUAUUUACUCCAUGUUAUAUCUUCUUCUUCUAGUUCUGGGAGUGUCAUCAGGGGUUCAGGAAUGGUUCCCACAUUUUUACCUCUUUUAGAAGAUUCUGAUCCUACUCAUAUGCAUCUUGUCUGUUUUGCUGUGAAAACUUUACAAAAGCUCAUGGACUACAGUAGUGCAGCAGUUUCCCUGUUUAAAGAUUUGGGGGGUGUAGAACUUUUAGCAAGGAGACUGCAGAUAGAAGUACACAGGGUUAUUGGUUUAGCUGGAGCAAAUGAUAGUUCAAUGAUCAUUGGUGAAAGCUCAGGAUACAGUGAUGAUCAGUUAUACUCACAGAAGAGGCUCAUUAGGGUUUUGUUGAAGGCGCUUGGGUCUGCUACUUAUAUCCCCGCAAACUCUACGAGAUCCCAAAACUCCCAUGAUAAUUCUUUACCUGUCACUCUGUCACUGAUAUUUGGUAAUGUAGAAAAAUUUGGAGGUGACAUUUAUUUUUCAGCUGUGACUGUCAUGAGCGAAAUUAUCCAUAAAGACCCUACUUGUUUUUCUGCUUUGCAUGAAUUGGGUCUUCCUGAUGCAUUUUUAUCUUCAGUAGUGGCUGGAAUACUUCCUUCUUCAAAGGCUCUCACAUGUAUUCCUAAUGGUCUCGGUGCCAUUUGUCUUAAUGUGAAAGGCUUAGAGGCAGUGAAAGAAACUUCGGCAUUGCGGUUCCUUGUGGACAUUUUUACCACCAAGAAAUAUGUAGUAGCAAUGAAUGAAGCUAUCGUUCCCUUGGCCAAUGCUGUGGAAGAGCUUUUGCGUCAUGUAUCGUCAUUACGAAGCACUGGUGUUGACAUAAUUAUUGAAAUUGUUGAUAGAAUUGCUUCAAUAGGGGAUGAUAAUGUGGGGUCAUCAGGAAAAGUUAAUGGGACCACUGCAAUGGAGAUGGAUUCUGAAGACAAAGAAAAUGAUGGCCAUUGCUGUCUGGUUGGUUCAGUAGAUUCAGCUGCAGAAGGCAUCAGUAAUGAGCAGUUCAUCCAACUUUGCAUCUUUCAUGUGAUGGUUCUGGUUCACAGAACAAUGGAAAAUUCUGAAACUUGUCGGUUAUUUGUGGAGAAGUCAGGGAUUGAAGCUCUACUGAAGCUUCUGCUACGGCCUAAUAUUGCCCAGUCUUCUGAAGGAAUGUCUAUUGCUUUACACAGCACCAUGGUCUUCAAGGGCUUUACUCAGCAUCACUCAGCUCCACUCGCACGUGCUUUCUGCUCCUCUCUUAGGGAUCAUUUGAAGAAAGCUUUGACUGGAUUUAGUGUUGCCUCAGGCUCCUUUUUGCUGGAUCCUAGGUUAACACCUGAUAGUGGAAUUUUUCCUUCACUUUUCCUUGUUGAAUUCCUUCUAUUUCUUGCUGCCUCCAAAGACAAUCGUUGGGUAACUGCAUUGCUUACAGAAUUUGGAAAUGAUAGCAAGGAUGUUUUGGAAGAUAUUGGACGUGUACAACGUGAAGUCCUAUGGCAGAUUGCUCUCCUUGAAGAUGCCAAGAUUGAGACAGAAGAUGAUGGUGCUAGUUCUUUUGCUGAGUCACAACAAUCAGAACCGAACGCAAAUGAUAGUGAAGAGCAAAGAUUCAACUCCUUUAGGCAGUUUCUUGACCCAUUACUGAGAAGGAGAAUGUCAGGAUGGAGUGUUGAAUCCCAAUUUUUUGAUCUUCUAAACUUGUAUCGUGACCUUGGCCGUGCUACUGGCCUUCAACGACUAACUGCUGAUGGUUCUUCAAACUUGCGGCUUGGAGCAAGUCAUCAAUUGCAUCAUUCGGCUUCUUCUGAUUCUACUGGAGUCAUUAGUAAAAAGGAAGAUGAGAAGCAGAGAUCCUAUUAUUCUUCUUGCUGUGACAUGGUUAGAUCACUUUCUUUUCACAUUACCCAUUUGUUUCAAGAGUUAGGAAAGGCCAUGCUGCUUCCUCGACGACGUGAUGAUACUCUGAAUGUGUCCCCUUCUUCAAAAUCUGUGGUUUCUACUUUUGCUUCUAUUGCUCUGGACCACAUGAAUUUUGGGGGUCAUGUAAAUCCAUCUGGGUCAGAGGUAUCCAUAUCAACAAAGUGUCGCUACUUUGGCAAGGUUAUUGAUUUCAUUGAUGGCAUUCUACUGGACAGGCCGGAUUCCUGUAAUCCUGUUCUGGUGAAUUGCUUGUAUGGACAUGGGGUUGUUCAGUCAGUUUUGACUACAUUUGUAGCUACCAGUCAAUUGCUUUUUACGGUUAACAGGGCUCCUGCUUCACCUAUGGAGACUGAUGAUGGGAUUUCAAAGCAGGAUGAAAAGGAUGAAACUGAUAAUUCAUGGAUUUAUGGUCCCUUAGCUAGCUAUGGAAAACUAAUGGACCAUCUGGUGACAUCAUCCUUUAUUUUAUCUCCUUUUACAAAGCACCUACUUGCCCAACCCCUGAUCAAUGGUGAUAUUCCUUUUCCUCGGGAUGCUGAGACAUUUGUAAAGGUCCUCCAGUCCAUGGUACUGAAGGUGGUGCUUCCAGUUUGGACGAAUCCACAAUUUACUGAUUGUAGUUAUGAUUUCAUUACAACAAUCAUUUCUAUCAUCCGGCACAUUUAUUCUGGAGUUGAAGUGAAAAAUGUCAAUAGCAAUGCCAGUGCUCGAAUAACUGGUCCUCCUCCAAAUGAGACAGCUAUUUCAACAAUUGUAGAGAUGGGCUUUUCCAGAUCUAGAGCAGAAGAAGCUCUGCGGCAAGUUGGAGCAAACAGCGUGGAGUUGGCAAUGGAGUGGUUGUUUUCCCACCCAGAAGAAACUCAAGAAGAUGAUGAACUUGCUCGUGCACUUGCCAUGUCACUUGGGAACUCUGGAUCUGAUGCAAAGGAAGAGGUUGCAAAUGAAAGCACUCAGCAUCUUGAAGAAGAAGUUAUCCAACUUCCUCCUGUUGAAGAGUUGUUAUCCACAUGUACAAAGCUACUGCAGAUGAAGGAGCCUCUAGCUUUUCCAGUUCGAGACCUGCUUGUGAUGAUUUGCUCCCAAAAUGAUGGUCAAUACAGGUCUAGCGUUAUUACUUUUAUCAUAGACCAGAUGAAGCUUUGUAGUUUGACCUCAGAGAGUGGAAACGUAAUUAUGCUAUCUGCUCUUUUUCAUGUUCUUGCUCUUAUUCUUCAUGAAGAUGCAGUGGCACGAGAAGUUGCCUUCAAGAAUGGUCUGGUUAAACUUGCUACAGAUUUACUUUCACGAUGGGAUUCUGGUGCAUGUGACAGCGAGAAACCUCAAGUUCCAAAAUGGGUAACAGCAGCUUUUCUUGCUAUUGACCGGCUGCUGCAGGUGGAUCAAAAAUUGAAUUCAGAACUUGCAGAGCAGUUGAAGAAGGAUGAUGUCAGUAGUCAGCAGACGACUAUAACCAUUGAUGAUGAUAAGCAGAACAAAUUGCAGGCCACACUGGGAUUAUCUCCUAAGCAUAUAGAUAUGCAUGAGCAGAAGAGACUUAUUGAGAUUGCUUGUAAUUGUAUCAGGAACCAGCUUCCAUCUGAAACAAUGCAUGCUGUUCUACAGCUGUGCUCUACUCUUACCAGAACUCAUUCCAUUGCUGUUAAUUUUCUUGAUGAUGGAGGCUUACCCAUGCUUCUGUCUUUGCCAACAAGUAGCCUCUUUUCUGGGUUUGACAAUGUUGCUGCUACUAUAAUCCGGCAUGUCCUUGAGGAUCCUCAAACUCUACAGCAAGCAAUGGAAUCUGAAAUACGGCACAGUCUUGUGGCUGCUGCUAACAGGCAUUCCAAUGGAAGGCUGACUCCCCGCAACUUUCUUUUAAAUUUGACUUCUGUCAUUUCAAGGGAUCCAAUGAUUUUUAUGCAGGCUGCUCAGUCUGUCUGCCAAGUUGAGAUGGUUGGUGAAAGACUGUAUAUCGUGUUGCUGAAAGAUCGUGACAAAGAUAAAUGUAAAGAGAAAGAAAAAGAGAAAGAGAAAGCAACAGAGAAAGAUAGGAAUAAUGAUGGAAAGGUCACAUUGGGUAAUGCAAGCUCAAUAGCCCCUACAGGUGGGCAUGGAAAACUAACUGAUCCAAACUCCAAAAAUUCCAAGGUUCAUCGGAAACCUCCUCAGAGUUUUGUAAAUGUGAUUGAGCUUCUUUUGGAUUCAGUAAUUAGUUUUGUACCUCCCUCGAAAGAUGAAACUGUGGUAAAUGUGCCCCUUGACAGCCCCUCAUUAGCUGCCAUGGACAUUGAUGUUGCUGCAAGUAAGGGGAAAGGAAAAGCCAUUGUCACUACACCUGAAGAGAAUGAUUUCAAUAACCAGGAAGCUUCUGCAUCUCUUGCUAAGAUUGUGUUCAUUUUGAAGCUUUUGACAGAGAUUCUCUUGAUGUAUUCUUCAUCUGUUAAUGUUCUACUCCGAAAGGAUGCUGAAGUUAGUGGCUGCAGGGCUCCCCCUCAAAGGGGUCCUACUGUGUACUGCAUUACUGGAAUAUUCCACCAUAUUCUUCACAGGUUUCUUCCAUAUUCCAGAAAUUCCAAAAAGGAAAAGAAAAUUGAUGGUGAUUGGAUGCAUAAACUAGCAACCCGGGCUAGCCAAUUUUUAGUGGCAGCUUGUGUUCGCUCUACAGAAGCAAGGAGAAGGGUUUUCACAGAGAUCAGUAAUAUACUUAAUGACUUUGUUGAUUCAUCUAAUGGUUUUAGGCCACCCGGCAAUGAUAUCCAAGCUUUUAUUGAUCUGCUCAAUGAUGUAUUGGCUGCUCGGUCACCUACAGGUGCUUAUAUCUCAGCAGAAGCUUCAGCUACUUUCAUAGAUGUGGGUCUUGUUAGGUCAUUGACUCGAACUCUCCAAGCAUUGGACUUGGAUCAUGUUGACUCACCAAAAGCUGUUACGGGGCUUAUCAAGGCGCUGGAGGUGGUAACCAAAGAACAUGUCCAUUCUGCUGAUUCUAAUACAGGUAAGGGUGAGAAUUCUACAAAGCCUCCUGAUCACAAUCAACCUGGAAGAGUAGAUGAUAGUGCUGAUGUAUCACAAUCCAUGGAAACUUCAUCUCAACCUAAUCAUGAUGUUACUGCAGCUGAUCAUGUUGAGUCUUUUAAUACCACUCAAACCUAUGGUGGGUCUGAGGCUGUUACUGAUGAUAUGGAACAUGACCAGGAUCUAGAUGGAGGUUUUGUUCCUUCUACUGAAGAUGAUUAUAUGCAUGAAACUUCUGGGGAUCCAAGGGUUAUGGAAAAUGGCAUUGAUACUGUGGGUAUUCGAUUUGAAAUACAACCACAAGAAAAUCUUGUUGACGAAGAUGAUGAUGAGAUGUCAGGAGAUGAUGGAGAUGAAGUAGAUGAAGAUGAAGAUGAGGAUGAUGAGGAGCAUAAUGAUCUUGAAGAAGAUGAAGUCCAUCACUUGCCACAUCCCGACACAGAUCAAGAUGAUCAUGAGAUUGAUGAUGAUGAGUUUGAUGAGGAGGUCAUGGAGGAGGAUGAUGAGGAUGAUGAAGAUGAUGAGGAUGGAGUUAUACUUAGGCUGGAGGAAGGCAUAAAUGGAAUAAAUGUUUUUGACCAUAUUGAGGUUUUUGGUAGGGACCAUAGCUUUUCUAAUGAAACUCUCCAUGUGAUGCCAGUUGAAGUUUUUGGCUCUAGACGUCAUGGUCGUACCACAUCUAUUUAUAAUCUCUUGGGAAGAACUGGUGACAAUGCUGCACCCUCUCGACAUCCUCUUUUGGUGGAACCAUCAUCCUCACUACAAACACCCCCUCUGAGACAGUCAGAGAAUGCCCGUGAUGUGAUCUUAUCUGAUAGGAAUUCGGAGAACACUGCAUCACGGUUGGAUACAAUUUUCCGAUCACUGAGGAAUGGGCGUCAUGGACACCGACUCAAUCUUUGGGUGGAUGAUAACCAGCAAGGUGGUGGAUCAAAUGCAUCUGCUGUUCCCCAAGGCCUUGAAGAGUUGCUUGUUUCUCAGUUGAGGCGGCCUGCCCCUGAGAAACCUUCUGAUGAGAAUACAACAGUUGAACAUGAAAGUAAGCCCCAGGUUAGUCAAUCACAAGAAUCAGAAGCAGACAUAAGGCCUGAAACUGCUGUUGAAAACAAUGUGAACAAUGAACCCAGUUGUGUGCCUCCCCCUACUUCUGUUGCAAUGGAUAGCAUUGAUAAUGCUGAUACAAGACCUGCAGCCACCGAAUCUCUGCAAGGAACAGAUGCAUCAAGUAUGCAUUCUCAAUCUGUUGAAAUGCAGUUUGAACACAAUGAGGCAGCUGUGCGGGAUGUUGAAGCAGUGAGCCAAGAAAGUAGUGGGAGCGGGGCAACACUAGGGGAAAGCCUUCGGAGCCUAGACGUUGAAAUUGGAAGUGCUGAUGGGCAUGAUGAUGGUGGAGAGAGGCAAGGUUCAGCAGAUAGAAUGCCUUUGGGUGAUAUGCAGGCAACUCGAACAAGAAGGACCAAUGUGUCCUUUGGGAAUUCUACACCACUAAGCGGUAGAGAUGCAUCUCUUCACAGUGUAACUGAAGUUUCUGAAAAUCCUAGCCAAGAAGCAGAUCAGGUUGGUCCUGGGGAGGAGCAGCAAAUCAAUGCCGAUGCUGAUUCUGGAUCCAUUGAUCCUGCUUUCCUGGAUGCUCUGCCUGAGGAGCUGCGAGCCGAAGUUCUUUCUGCUCAACAGGGUCAGGUGGCACAGCCUUCAAACACUGAACAGCAAAAUACUGGAGAUAUUGAUCCAGAAUUCCUGGCAGCCCUUCCGCCGGACAUCCGAGCAGAAGUUCUGGCUCAACAACAAGCACAAAGGCUGCAUCAAUCACAGGAACUGGAAGGCCAACCAGUUGAAAUGGAUACUGUCUCAAUAAUUGCAACAUUUCCAUCGGAUCUGCGAGAAGAGGUUCUCUUAACAUCAUCUGAUGCUAUCCUUGCCAAUCUCACUCCUGCUCUUGUUGCUGAAGCAAACAUGCUCCGUGAAAGGUUUGCACAUCGUUAUCAUAAUCGUACCCUCUUUGGUAUGUACCAUAGAAACCGCAGAGGUGAGUCUUCAAGAAGGGGUGAAGGUAUUGGAUCCAGCCUGGACAGAGCUGGUGGAAGCAUUGUUCCACGCAGGUCUAUGGGAGGCAAACUUGUUGAAGCUGAUGGGGCUCCUUUAGUUGAUACAGAAGCUUUGAAAGCUAUGAUUCGGUUGCUUCGUGUUGUCCAGCCACUUUAUAAAGGACAGCUGCAAAGGCUUCUCUUGAAUUUAUGUGCUCACAGUGAAACCCGAAUUGCUCUGGUGAAACUCCUCAUGGACAUGCUGAUGCUUGACACGAGGAAGCCUGCCAAUCAUUUAAACACUUCUGAGCCAUCAUAUCGGCUUUAUGCUUGCCAAAGUCAUGUGAUGUAUUCUCGUCCUCAAUAUUUUGAUGGAGUUCCUCCCUUGGUGUCUCGACGUAUUCUCGAAACAAUGACCUACCUGGCUCGAAAUCACCCUUAUGUGGCAAAAAUUUUGCUUCAGUAUAGGCUUCCUCAUCCGCCCUUACAGGAGCCAGAGAACCUUGAUCAGGUACGUGGCAAGGCUGUGAUGGUGAUUGAGGAUGAAGUUGUAGAUAAAAAGCUGCAUCAGGAAGGAUACCUGUCUGUUGCUUUGCUGUUGAGUCUCUUGAAUCAGCCCCUUUAUUUGAGGAGUAUAGCUCAUCUGGAGCAGCUUCUAAAUUUAUUGGAGGUCAUCAUUGACGAUGUGGAAAGCAAGUCAAGUGUGUCUGACAAAUCUGGGCCAUCAUCUACUGGGCAGCCAUCUGGCCCUCAGGUUUCUAUAUCAGAUGCUGAGAUAAAUGCAGACUCUGGUGGUGUUUCUGGGGUUGGAGUUACAUCAUCCAAAGUUGAUGAUUCCUCCAAACCUUCAGCUUUUGGUUCACAUAGAGAAUGUGAUGCCCAUAGUGUACUGCUUAACCUACCUCAAUCAGAACUUCGACUUUUAUGCUCAUUGCUUGCACGAGAAGGUUUGUCAGACAAUGCAUAUUCGCUUGUGGCGGAGGUACUGAAGAAGUUAGUGGCAAUUGCUCCAACUCAUUGUCAUCUGUUUAUCACUGAGCUAGCAUUUUCUGUGCAAAAUUUGACUAAAUCUGCAAUGGAUGAAUUGCACACUUUUGGAGAAACUGAAAAGGCACUCCUUAGUUCAUCAUCUUCUGAUGGAGCUGCAAUUCUGAGAGUUCUGUUGGCAUUAAGUUCUCUUGUUGCCUCACUUAAUGAGAAGGAGAAGGAUCAGCAAGUUCUUCCUGAAAAGGAGCAGACUGCUGCUCUUUCUCAGGUAUGGGAUAUCCAUGCAGCCUUAGAACCUUUGUGGCUAGAGCUAAGCACUUGCAUAAGCAAAAUAGAGAGCUAUUCAGAUUCUGCAACUGUUUUGCCAACCAUAUCUAUAAUCUCCACAUCUAAACCAUCUGGUGCAAUGCCUCCACUUCCCGCGGGCAGUCAGAACAUCUUACCAUACAUAGAGUCAUUCUUUGUGAUGUGUGAGAAAUUACAUCCUGGGCAGCCAGGUGCAAGUCAGGACUUCAGUCUUGCUGCAGUUUCUGAUGUCGAGGAUGCCAGUACUUCUGAUGGCCAACAGAAAACUCCAGUGUCUGUUCUGAAAGUUGAUGAAAAACACAUUGCUUUUGUGAAGUUCUCAGAGAAGCACCGGAAGCUCCUAAAUGCUUUUAUCCGGCAAAACCCUGGGUUGCUAGAGAAGUCUUUCUCACUCAUGUUGAAGGUUCCCCGCUUUAUUGAUUUUGACAACAAGCGUUCCCACUUUAGGUCAAAGAUAAAGCAUCAACAUGAUCAUCAUCACAGUCCUUUAAGAAUUUCAGUGAGAAGAGCUUACAUUCUUGAAGAUUCAUAUAACCAACUGCGCAUGCGGUCGACUCAAGAUUUAAAAGGGAGAUUGACUGUUCACUUCCAAGGUGAGGAAGGUAUUGAUGCAGGUGGGCUUACAAGGGAAUGGUAUCAGUCGUUGUCCAGGGUUAUUUUUGACAAGGGAGCUCUACUAUUUACAACAGUGGGCAAUGAAUCAACAUUUCAGCCAAACCCCAACUCAGUUUACCAAACAGAACAUCUCUCAUACUUUAAGUUUGUUGGCAGAGUUGUUGGAAAAGCACUUUUUGAUGGACAACUUCUGGAUGUCCAUUUCACUCGAUCUUUCUACAAGCAUAUACUAGGGGUAAAAGUUACAUAUCAUGAUAUUGAAGCCAUUGAUCCUGAUUACUUCAAAAACCUAAAAUGGAUGCUUGAGAAUGAUAUAACUGAUGUUCUAGACGUUACUUUUAGCAUUGAUGCUGAUGAGGAGAAAUUGAUAUUGUAUGAAAGGAAUGAGGUGACAGACUGUGAAUUGAUCCCGGGUGGAAGGAACAUUCGAGUUACUGAGGAUAACAAGCAUAAAUAUGUUGAUUUGGUUGCUGAGCAUCGGUUGACUACUGCUAUUCGUCCUCAAAUAAAUGCAUUUUUGGAAGGAUUCAAUGAAUUAAUUCCUCGGGAUUUAAUAUCCAUUUUUAAUGAUAAGGAACUAGAAUUGUUGAUAAGUGGGCUUCCAGAUAUUGAUUUGGACGACAUGAGGGCAAAUACCGAGUAUUCUGGCUAUAGUCCUGCGUCCCCUGUCAUCCAAUGGUUUUGGGAGGUUGUUCAAAGUCUAAGCAAGGAGGAUAAGGCUCGGCUUCUUCAGUUUGUGACUGGAACCUCAAAGGUUCCUUUGGAGGGCUUCAGUGCACUUCAAGGAAUUUCUGGCUCCCAGAAGUUCCAGAUUCACAAGGCAUAUGGAAGCCCCGAUCACUUGCCUUCUGCACAUACAUGUUUCAACCAGCUAGAUCUGCCAGAGUAUCCUUCUAAACAACAUCUAGAGGAGAGACUGCUUCUUGCAAUUCAUGAAGCUAACGAAGGAUUUGGAUUUGGUUAAGUUUUGCAAUUGGAGCAUAAAGUUAUUGUGUAGAUAAAUAUUAUGUCCAAAGGUAUCAAAGAAAUUGGAUAGUAAAGGUGGCAAAUGAGAAUUCUGUUAAUAUACUGUACAGUUUAUAUUUGCUAUGGCAAAUGCUGCUGGCAGUUCUUUCUCUUUUUCUUCUCUCUUUUUGGCCAGUCUGCUCUUGUUUCUUCAUUUCUAAGAUAUUUUCUUUUUCUGAGUCA